AUGGCGAUUCGUCUGUCAAAGAGAAUUCGUCUCCGAUUAAUAAUACUGAUUUCGACGUCAUUCUUCGUUGUGGAAAUAGCCGUCGGGUUCUAUACACACUCCUUGGCCUUGAUUGCUGACGCAUUCCAUUAUCUGAACGACCUCAUCGGAUUUGUUAUUGCACUGGUUGCUUUAGAGUUGACUGAAAGCACUCAAUCUCCGCCGACGUGGCUAUCUUUUGGAUGGCAGCGAGCACAAAUUCUCGGCGCAUUCUUUAAUGGGGUCUUUUUAUUUGCUCUUGGGGUUAGCACAGCCUUGCAGUCCAUCGAAAAAUUCAUUUUCAUGCACAACGACAUUACACGCCCGGAAAACAUAUUGAUAGUGGCUUGCAUCGGUUUGGUGUUAAAUAUUUGCAGUGUCAUACUUAUCCAUGGUGUGCUUGUUGCGUUCUUAUUUCCAAUGGGCAGUACUCAUUUUCUACUGGGACAGAUCAUGGUCACAAUCAUACACAUCCUAGCGAUGGACGGACAAAUAGGAGACGUCAAGUCCAGUCACGACCUCAACUCCCUCGGUGUCUUGAUACAUCUGCUCGGAGAUGCGCUCAACAAUAUCGGCGUCAUGGUUUCUGCGCUUGUUAUCUGGUUGACAAAGCAUGAGGGCCGGUUUUACGCAGACCCGGCAGCUAGCAUGCUUAUUGCAUGUAUGAUUAUGUUGACUUCCGCCCCGCUAGCCCUAAGUUCCGGUCGUAUCCUUAUACAGAGUCUUCCAACGAACGUCAACUGCGAAGACGUGAACAGAAUUUUGACCUCUGUACCUGGUGUCCUCGCAGUACAUGACCUCCGCCUCUGGCGCCUCAAUCAUCACAAGAAUAUCGCUUCGGUACAUGUCCUUAUCGACGGUCAAACGAGUAUGCGUGAAUGUUCCAGCAUAAUGAAAUCGAUCAGACAGCGCCUACAUGCACUCGGUGUACAUUCGAUUACGAUACAGCCGGAGGUUGUGAGAGCAUCUUAUGUUGUCACUGGAGUUGCAGGAGACAAUGAAGGAGUAGUACCGGAAUAUGGGAAAUGA